AUGUUGCCAAUACUGAUUCUGUUCCUUGUGUCUAUGGUGGACUCAUUCUGGAUGACCGCCGAGCUGUUACAAGUGGAUUGGAGAGAAGGAUGUUUGACCACGGCUGGUUGCUCUCAACCCAGAUUCAAGGUUUUGAAAGAUAUGCUUCCACUAAACGAAAGGAUCUCUAUCAGCUGGCCAGUCUUCGAGCAUUUUGUUCAGGAAGCCUCGCGCUCGUUCGUUUCCCACUGGGCAAAGGGUAAACCAGAAGAUUUGGCACUUUCGUGCCAAGUUGUCGGCACCGAUCCCACCUAUGGCUUUCCGCGUGUAUGUGAUCAGACAGCUUCUAUCCGUGUCUUCCAAGAGGAAACAAAUGGCCGGAUUCGACGCCAUCAGGACGUGACUACCAUUGCGACGCCGGAAGAAGAGUUGGGUAAAAAGUUGGUAGAGAUCCGAGCCAAAUGCUUCAACGUCACUUUGGCUGUGCAGAAGCAUACGGAUCGAUGUCCAUGGUGCCCUGAUCCAUCUGAUGUGACCAUCGUUGAACAAAGGAUGCCAGAAGAGCUCUCUGCCUUUUCGACUUCAGUCCUAAUGCAGCUGGGUCAAGAUCUUGUGCCUGCGACCAUGUUGAUACUGGCAAUCAUUGCCAUACUGGCAUCGUUAGGCUUUGCUUUCGUACUGAUUGCAUUUUUGAGGCAGAAGAGGACUAGUCGCCAAGUUGCUGUCAAACCUCGCUAUCAGCCAUUUUCUCCUGCGCCUUGUGGGAUAGCUAAGGAAGAGAAUAGGUACGACCUACCUUGGGAACAUACUCGUCCACUUGCCUAUUGGCUCUCGUCUUCACCAAAAUCAGAAGCAACGACGACAUCGCCGCUCGAGUCAACGUCGUCAAUCGGCUUACGAUCGUCUAUCGUCGUGCCUCACAAUUUCCGUUCCGGUGGUACGGUACCGCAGACGCGACUCUACCAUUAUAUCUCCUCAAACUCUUCUACAAGCCCCGGACGUGACUCUGGACUGGGAUCAGUAUGA